UUAAAUUAAAAUGACAAAAAUAAAUAUUAUGCCCUGGUCGUAUUUUGAGAAUUUACCUGCAGUGCAGAAGGUAAAUGUACAGCAGGUUACCUUUUGCUCACAACACAUAUCUAUUAAUAAGUUUCUUCAUACUUAAAUUACUUGUAUAUUAUUAAUUGCUAAAUAUGGUUCAUCAUGGGCAUAUUCUUGUAAUCCUUCUUAUUUUUACAGAUAGUGCACAGGCAGUACAAACAAGUGAUCCAGUAGGUGCGAAUGCCCCAGAUGUGUCAUCUGUUUAUACACAAAGGUUUGCAAGGCUGAGUUAUCUCGUUAUUGAACUUGGAACGAAAGUCAUUAGAACUUUCUUUCUCAAGGAUGUUGUUAGGCCUGGCAUCACUAAUGGUGAGCACAUCACUGAUAAAGAUGCAGUGCUUCGGUUUUUUGGUAAGCAUGAGGUGAUAAGGGAACUUGAGAAACUCAAGAAAACAAAAGUCAUAUUUGCUUCUCAGUGGAAUCUGUUGUACCCUGCCUCUGGUCAUACAGAUGUGGAAACGUUUGACAUUACAUUGCUGGUGUUAUUGAUAAGAAAACUUCACCCAGACAAAGCCAACCUGAAAUGGUCAGCGCUCAAAGAAAAUGCCACUUUACCUUCCUCUCCACAAACAACACAAGGUUUCAUCGACCACAUCCAACGGCUUAAGAAUGUCAGGAACUAUAUACAGCAUUCUGCCACAUUUGGGAUCCAAGACAUGGAGAAAUUCUGCACAAAUUGGGAAAUCGCCUGUGCUUCUGUUCUAGUACUUGGUGCAGAUCCAAAGGAAGUGAAAAAGAUACAGGAAUUCAACUUUAGCAAACAGGAGAUAGAUACAAUAGUGUGUGAAAUACGCAGCUCGGCCGAAGAUAACAAACGGCAUUUCGACAGCAGAUUUGACAGGCUUGAAUUACUAAUAUUUUCCUUUGUACGUGAUGUUCGCUUUGCCAUCUUCUUUGUCGUCCUCAUUGCGUUAGCCAUAAAUUACCAGUGGUGGAUUUAGGUGGGGAGGGGGUCAGGGGGAUCCUGGUUUCUGAAAAAAAAUCACACUAGUAUUCCCCUCUUGAAAUUAGAAUUUUGACUAGCUGAAUUAUAGUUCUAAAUAGAACCGAAUGACACUGUUCUCCCUAUAAAGUAUCAAAUUUUUUCAGUGCCUUUUUAUAUCUCAUGGAACUGAAUCAGUUGCCAGUUUUUCAUGUUACCCGUAGUGCAUUAUACAAGAGGGUAAGAGUGAUUAUGCUAUUAUGUAACAGUGCAUCAAAAUUGGCCAAAACAUUAUUUUGUGCACUUUUUUUCUGUAGUCUGAAUAUUUCACAGUUUAACUUUUGCUGCCUUGUUUCUUGGUGUCUGUAUAUUUGCAAGCUUUGUAUAUUUUUUUAAUUGAAAUGUUGGAAUAUAAGUAAAAGUAAAAUGUCUGGAUAUUAGGUAAGAUUUUUUGAAAAUAUUUACCAGAUUACACAUAAUAUUGCUUAUUGUAAAAACUUCCAAGUCUAAGAUUUCAUUCUAGAGUUUUAUCAUGUCUAUUAAAAAGUUUUGAAGUGCAAAACGUGUUUGCAAAAAUAGUGAAGGUUAUGUCAAUGUAGUAUUUUUAAUAAUUAUCCAUCCAUCAACUAUUAUAGUAGUUUAACUUCAUUUACAGCAUAUUUAUAUUAUAUAUAUCCACUUACUGGUUUGAAAAGCUUACAAAUUUAAGUAAAUAUUGCAAUUUUCAUGAAACUUUUAAAGUUUUUUGUAGAUGUCUGUCAAAUGUGGGUUGAGCAUUUUUUUUUUUUUUUUUUUUGCUCAAAAAUUAGCUUUUAAGCUACAAUAUUCUUAGAAGGUAGCCAUUGUGACUGAACAUAGUUUUGCUUUUGUUGUUUCACAUAUUGAUUUGGGAAGCAACCGUGUGCUGCAGUCAUUGCGUAAAAGAAGUUAUUACAUACAAUGUGUAACAGUGAUUUCAGUAUUUUUUUAUCUACAAAUUACAAUUUCUGAACGUUCCGUGAAUGGGACUCUGCACCAAACAGUUUCAAAUUGUCACCUCAAGUUUGUAAAAGCUGCACUUGGUUGGGAAAUCCAAGAAUGAAAAAAAAAGUUUUAUUCAAGUUUAUCUUUUACUUCAUAUUGUAUCAACUGUAUAUUUAACAUGGACAUAUCACUAAUGAAAGACAGUUUCAAGGUCAGCCAAAUGAAUGUAAUAACUUGCAUUAAUAUAUUAUCAACAAUUUCAUUGUAAUAAACCUAGGAAAACUGACAA